UAGGUUAUUGUUUACUUUGUGUCUUCUUCCCAUCAUACAAAACACCAUCUUUUGUAGUAGUAUUGGAGGAAGUUUUAAACGAAUGGAAGUAGCAAUACAAAAUGAUGAAAUUAAUAUAAAUGAUUGCAAAUAUUUUAACUCCAGUAAAUGCAUUUUUGAAAAUAAUUCAAGUCAAACAAUGAGUUGCGUUACUAUAAACUAUCUUGCGUCACUUGACUAUAAAUUAGUUGAAGUCAAAGAUCGUUAUACUGGUGAAAUGCUCGUGAACAAUAGCAAAUUUUUAGCAUUUAUACAUUUUCCAAAGAGCUAUACCCAAGACUUGAUCAUGUUUAUUGACCGUCGUAAAGAAUAUGGUAUGCAAUCGCUGGCGUACAUGUAUUUUGCCAAACAUAAUAUGUUGUUUAAAAAUCAAAUAUUGAUGGAUGUAAAAAAUGCAAUCCAUUAUCUAAUGCAGACAACUUUAUAUAGUUGUUCCAAUAAUCCACAAAUAGCUACUUUGCCCAUGGUAAGAUUGACCAUUAGCUUAAAAUUUUAAAUGUACUCAUACAAUUACCUAAUCAUUUUGUAAGAUACGUGGCCACAAUAGCCACAUAGUUACAUAUUAUUCAGCUGAUUAAAAUGUAAUGGAAUCUAUUGUUUAUUACAUAAUAUUAAAGCACGGUAUACACACAUGGAAUUUCUAAAGUCAAAAAAAUAACAAUUUGUUUUACUGAGUAUUUGAAAAAAA